AAAGUCGAUGGCUCGAACAGGAUCCUAGCAGAAGGUUAUGUUCCUUACAAUUACUUAGCAGAGCAGGAGACAAUGGAGGCAGAAUCGUAAGUAAAACCCUGCUGGGGUCAGGAAUCUUAACCACUGUUUAAUGCUGGAAGAUAAAAGGGCUUUGCAUUUGGUAGCCAAAUGGCAGUUUAGCCAAGCCAAGCAGUUUUGGGUGUCAGUCUCUGAGCUGAUCCAUAGCUAGUGGCUUGUUUCUGUAUAGGAAACUACAGCCCUUUUACAAAGGUUUGGAUUACAAUGAAACACUGGGGCAGCAUCCCGCAAGGCAAGGCCAAAGAGAACCUGUGUCUGACACCCAUAUGCCCAGCGCUGGAUGGCAAGGACAGCCUCUGGAAAGGGAAAUAGGGAGGGCCAGAUAGCUAGGGCCUGAAUAUCGGCAUGCUCUGGCUGCCUUCUUUGUGCCUUGCCAGUGACCCAGACCAGCCAUAAUCUCAGGUCAACAAGCUUCAUUUAUGGCUGUUUUGCCUCGCCAAGAUGGUCCUGGGAAGCCUGGUCCCCUACUCUUUGGCUGUGAAUCCCAGAGACAGUGAAGGUGUGUAUGAAAAGCGGGUGGGAAUGCCACUCCCACCAGCGACUGGCUGAUGCUCUUUGUUAACCAGCUUCUGUAACUUAACUAACUUGUAAAGCAAACUCAUCCAUAGGGUUAAUGGGGCCAAUUUAACCAGUGGCUAGGGCAGCCUGGACCCCUGUGAUGGACUAGUGGGGUCCUGUGGAAUAUGAUUAGCCAGCAGGUAAGCCAGCAUGAGGAAGCUCUCCACCAGCAGCCACCCUGGUGCUAAACCUCAUGGCAUGAAUUUAUGUCCAGGGAGUUGGGAUCUGGGUGCGCCACAAAGACAAUGCAGCAACCCCAAAAGAAGUCAUAGAUGCAGAAAGAGACUGAACCUUCCUUAGCUUGAGGGAUGUGUUGAUGGCGUGGGGGGCAGAGUCCUAUCCCCUGAAGCAGGUUCUUUGUGGUUGGGAGAUGCAGAACAGCGACACACUGACGUCUCUAGCUGGCCAUGGAGUUGUUACAAUAGCACUUGAUGCAGAGAUCCCCAGGCGUGCUGACACUCUAGGGAGACUCAUCUCAGCACAGGUUUAUUUUCUCUCCUCCUCCAGCUGGUUUUUUGGGCAGAUCUCACGUUCCGAGACCUUACAGAGGCUGCUGUCGGAAAAGAACAAGACCGGGGCCUUUCUAAUCCGAAUCAGUGAGAAAAAAGAUACUGACUACGUGCUUUCAGUUCGGGAUGACUCAAUUGUGAGGCACUACAAGAUCUGGCGGAACUCCCAGGGGAACCUCUACAUGAACGCUGCGCUCUCCUUCCCAGAUCUGCUCAGCCUGGUGGAGCAUUACAAAGCGAAGAACCUCUCUCACGGCCUGAGACUGACCAUUCCCUGCUGGAAGCAAGAACAAGAACCUCUUCCUCACUGGGAUGACUGGGAAAGACCCAGAGAAGAAUUCAGUCUGGUCAAGAAGCUGGGAGCUGGAUACUUUGGAGAAGUCUAUGAAGGAUACUGGAAAAACAAGGUCAAAGUUGCAAUUAAAACAAUCCCCAAAGCUGACCUGACGUACCAGGCCACUUUCAAGAACGAAACCGAGGUCAUGAAGAAUCUGAGGCACAAGCACAUCCUCUCCCUCUAUGCCAUCUCUUCUGUUGGAGAUCCUGUCUACAUCAUCACCGAGCUCAUGCUCAAAGGAAACCUGCUAGAUUUUCUCCGAGCGUCAGAAGGGGAGCAUCUGGAAAUGACCGACCUGGUUGACAUGGCAUCCCAAGUGGCUGAUGGGAUGUGCUACUUAGAGUCUCAGAAUUUUAUUCACCGAGAUUUAGCUGCGAGAAAUAUUCUUGUUGGAGAAAACAACAUCUGCAAAGUGGGUGACUUUGGCCUGGCCAGGCUUAUCAAGGAUGAUGUGUACUUGUCUUACUCCCACAAUAUCCCCUAUAAAUGGACAGCCCCUGAGGCCAUUUCCCACGGACGCUAUUCCAUCAAGUCCGAUGUUUGGUCUUUUGGGAUCCUUCUGUAUGAAAUUAUCACCUAUGGGCAGAUUCCAUACCCAGGUAUGAGUAACAGCGAGGUUUGCAAAAAAGUCCAAACAGGUUUCCAAAUGUCCCGCCCGCCAAAGUGCCCACCCAUGUUCUAUGAAAUCAUGCGCAAGUGCUGGCACCUCAGUCCAGAUCAGAGGCCUGACUUCCAGUACCUGAAAGGGAAACUCUACAGUUUCACGCUCUAUGAGAACCCAGGCCGAUAGCUGCACCAGGAGCCUUCUCUUUCUGUUUCCUUUCAUCUCUUUUGAAGACUGACAUUUCUG